AAAAUAUUGAUAGGUAAAACAAAUCAAGCAGAAUGAAUGAAAAUAUCAAUAAACAUGGGAAGAAUAUGCGGAAUGGAUCAAAGAUCAGCUGUAAAGUUACUAUGAAAGGAUGCACAGUUUCAGAUAUGAUGGUACUUCAGCAGCUUCUGAACCAAAACAGACAGAUAAGUGGGACGGAAGAUAUUAGUAAAGAUGAUCAUUUAUCGAAUCUUGAAACAGCUUACAAUCAAAAUUUAAUGAAAUCUGGAUGAAAAACAGAGAGUAUUUUGACUCCAGAUGCUAAAGCAUCGUCUAUUAAAGACUCUAAUUUAUCAAACUCUCUUAAAAAGGAGUCGGGCAGGUUUUGCAUCAGCCAAACUCAAAAUUCUAUAGAAGGCAAGAAAAUCCUAGACCAAAAGUUUUGAAAGGAUACGACAACAGAUGAAAACAAUGUAGAUCUUCCUAAAAUCAGAAUUCUCGAAACAAAUGAGAAAUUAAGUCUACUAGAUAAAGAAGGAUACAGAGCCAUUUGGGCACAAUUGAUCAGCCAUGGCUUAUUAAACACCCAGCAUACAAAAGAGUGGACCCGUGCAGAGGAGCCCACAGAGUCUACUAAAUAAAUUAAAAUUUUCAGAAUUCUACUACCUAAAGCUCAUGGAAAAAUUAGACUCAGCAAAACUUAAAGAUGGUAUCAGUGAAAACUUCGAGAAAGUUUUCAGUGAACUCCUUAGCCAAGUAUACAGUGUUAAAACUUAUUUUCAAGAUAAGUUUCAAGAGAAUGUCGAUAAACUCUUAAGAUUUACAAAAACUACUCUAAGUGAGAAAUGUAAUGAUUCUUAUGCUAGCUUUCUAGUUACAUAUAUCCUCAAAGUUGCUCAAUGGGGAAGGAAUGCUCUCUUACAACAUGUUAUAAAUCUUGUGAUUUGCCAGAAAGCUAAUGGAUAUAACAGGGACUUUAAGGUCAUGAUGUUGAAGCCAUUUAAGAAAUCUGAAGAAUAUUAUAAAGAGUUCUUAACCCAAUUCAUGAUAAUUAUGGCAGUCCUAGUUAAAGGAACUCAACAAUUAUUCACUGUUUUUCAGCACUUAACUCAGAAUUCUGAGCCAGGUAUAGCUGAAUAUGAUUUUGAGAAUCUUGGAAAAAUAUUGUUUCAUGGAAUCAUUUAUAGUAAUCCUUUAGUGCAAGAAUGCCUUAAUGAGGUAGCUAUGGAACUUCCUGAGCAAUCAAUAAUACUAACAAGUUCGUAUGAGUCUUGAAGGGAUACUGAUACAUCUUUCAAGCCAAAUAUGGAAUAUAAUCCGGCAAAGGUGCAUAACUACAUGAGGAUAAAUAGCGGACUAAAAGCUGAGGCUAUUCAAUUUAUUCUAAACCUAAAAGUUGUGAAGUUUAAAGAUAUAGAAAUCACCAAUCGUCAACCUUUAGUAAGGGAGGAUUGUAUGAGCCUAAUGUUGAGUUCAAAGAUAGAUUUAUACGGAAGUAAAUUUCUUAAAUUUCAGCACGAGUCCAAAUCUAGUGAUCACUUCCUAAAAGUGUUUAGUUCAAUAAUUGAUACCCCUUCUCCCUCAGAAGUAGCUAUACCAAACUCUUCAGAUCAUCUACUAACUAUCUCUUCUUCCAUCCCUCAAAAUAUUCAAAAUCCCAAUGAUUCCCCUCAUUUUUGUCCCGAAAACUCUUCAAACCCGUCUAAUAUCUCAAUGACCGAUGUACAACACCCCCAAGAAUCUGACCUCAACCACACAAAAUUCACCCAAAACGCCGAAAAUAUCAUCUCACAACUUCUUUACGAAGAAGAGCAAGCUAAACUCAAACAACAAAAUUCCCAAACAAAGAAGCCUAAAAACAGAAAGAAGAAUAAAAAGAACAAGAAUAAGAAGAAAAAAUAUGGGUUGCAGAAGAAACUGGUCCAGCCCAAGGAGAAAUCUGAUGUGAAGAGUCAUGAAGAAGAGCAGGUCAAGAAGGAAGAAACCAAAGAUAGUUCAGUGGAUAAGUCAGUGGAUAGUGUAGAGGAGAAGGAACUUGACCAGUCUGAUGAGGAGAUGGAAGAGUUUUUACAAAAUAUGCAGAAGGAAUGGGAUGAAGGACCCAAGAAACCUAAAAUUGUCCCGAAUGUAGCACAGCAAUGAUUGGAGGGUUUAAGAGAAAAGUUAGCUAAUCUUGAUUGGAGAGAAUCUUGUUAG